UUACAGUGGCGCUUGAGAUCGAAUAAAAUGUCCAAAUUGGUUUCGACGGUUCAUUUUGAAAAGGGGUGUCACCCUUAAAUCAAUAGUUGUUUUGUAGUUAAUGGACCAAACACGAUGACUGCAGCGCCCCAUAAACAAGAUGACGGACAGAACUACGCUACCAACUUUUUCCCUGCCCAAACAUUACAGAGACGAAGAGAAGAAGGUGCUGGUCAUUGGCUCGUGGCGUACAGAAAAGCAGAAGAGCAAAGAUACAGGAACCUGCAAAGGAGAAUUAAAGAGUAUAACAGAAAAUAUGACAACAAGAAGGGAAGUGACUCUUCCCAGGGUAACACCCUGGAUUCAUGUUUUCUGCUCCAGUCACAUGGUGUUGAUAAACCAUCUGAGCUCUGCUCUGUUGAUAUCAGUGAGCAGAAACUGAAUGCUGUCAAACCAGAGGAUCUGAAAGAGUUCAUCAAUGUGGCUUAUAUCGAUGCAUCGAUCAAUGCUCUCUCUUUAGGGGAUUUCAGCAGCUUUCCAUCUUUACAAGAACUCAAUCUGUCACUAAACGGGCUCUGCAACAUGGCGUUUGAUGUGGUUGAUUUCCCUCAUCUUGAGGUUUUGAAUCUCUCCUACAACAAUUUGUCAGCUGAUGCUAUCGUUUCCAUGGGUUGGCUCCCUAGUCUAAAAGUCCUUCAUCUGACUGGAAAUCAGCUCCGCCAUCUUCCUCCAAAUCUGGGUUCUUCCAGCUAUGACCCCACUGAACAGCCUGCAGCACAAGGAGAAGGCACACAGUUUGAAAAUCUUGAAGUCCUGGUGUUGGAUGAUAACAAACUUUCCUCUGGAGUCUUCAACAGUCUAAUAAACCUAAAAAGGCUAAAGCAUUUAAACCUACAGGGCAACCACAUUUCUGAAAUACCAUAUUUACAACCUUCUUCUUCCUCAAAACCUUCUGUGGGAGAACAAGCUGAAGAGGAGGAACUUGCCCACACUGAGCUGAACCCUCACACUGAUGAACAUUUGAAAAGAACAUUUCAGGAGGAGGAUUGUGGAGGCUCUCUCCUACCUCUACCCGAGCUCCGGUAUCUGAAUUUAGCCAACAACAAGAUCACUAAAGAGGAAGGACUCAUGGCUGCCGCUCUUUUCCCAUCGCUUCGAGAAAUCGAUAUUCACUCCAAUCCUCUGACCACACAGAGAAAAGGAGACCCUCCAUUACUCACGUAUUACCUUCAGGACAGACUGGGGCUAACAAUAAGGCGGAAGAAGGAAAAAGAAGCUGUGAAAAUGCCAGUAAAGGUGUCAGCUAAUCCAAAAUGGAAGUUGGAAGAGAAAAUCCCAAAGGUUUCCAGGAAGCUGAUGUUGAAGACUUCACAUUGUCCCGCUAAAGUUCAGGCUGAGAAAGAUGAGACAAGCUUAAAGAGAACAACAGAAUCCCCUCAAGAAAGCACACAGCACUUCUUUGUUACUCAGACAGCUGAUUUUGAGUUAGAUUUUCAAGAGAAAAAGAGAGACACUGCAGAGCAAGAAGGAAGAAACAAAGAGGAUCCCGUUCUUGCAGAGUUCCCAUGCUAUGAGACAUUGAUGGAUGCAAAACUGAGCCCUGAUGUGAUGGAGCCAGUAGGAAUUCAAACAGCUGUUCGGAUGCUGAAGCAUGCACUGAAGAAUCCCAAUGUUUACAGAGACUCCAAACCAAAGCUUGAUAGCAUCCAGACACCAUACAGAGAAAGAGAAAAAAGGAUAAAGAAACUUCCACCUGUGAAAGAAAUAAAGCAGCCGACUGAAAAAGUCAAUGAAAUGAUCAAAGUAAUCAAAGAAAGUACAUCGAUAAGAGAACUCCCACUAAGCAGGGCCAUACACAGCAAUACAAGGCAGGAUUAUAAAGAAGCUCAGUCUCUGCUGAGGGACAUGAAGACAAAGUACAGGAUGGUCCACCAGAAAACAAUGGAGCAACUUGGCAGCAUUGAGUCUGAGAGAAACACCAACAAAAGCAGAGAAAACCCUCCCCCUUUAGAACUCUGAUUCCCCUUCAAGUGCUGAGCUGAACUGUGAAUUUUCUUUCUUUUUUUUUUUUUUCUUUUUUUUUUUUUCUUGAGUCACACCUUGAUUG